GUUCAAAGUCGCCGAAACUGGAAUCAGCUUCGAGAGAAAGGAGAAGAUCUGCUGUGUUAUAUUUUACAGUUGUUUUUGUUCGUUAAAAAGUGUUUCAGUAAACCCCCCAAUAACCUUCCAAAAUGUCGGCCCUCACUAAAGGCGUUUUCAUCGUGGCAGCUAAACGUACGGCUUUCGGAACCUUCGGCGGUGCGUUUAAGAACACGAACGCUACGCAGCUACAAACGGUAGCCGCGAAAGCCGCGCUCGAUGCAGCCGGUUUGCGACCGGAACAGGUCGAUUCAGUUAACAUUGGUCAAGUGUUGGUCCUCUCGUCGCCCGACGGUGCAUUUUUGCCUCGCCAUGUGUCGCUUGCCUGUGGCGUUCCGAUCGAACGCCCGGCGCUUGGCGUUAAUCGCCUCUGUGGUUCCGGCUUCCAGGCGGUAGUUAACGGUGCACAGGACAUUCUAGUCGGUGCAGCUCAUGUUUCGUUGACCGGAGGUGUCGACAACAUGUCCCAGACCCCGUAUACGCUGCGUAACAGUCGCUUCGGUAUUCCUCUCGGAACUAGCCCUGCACUGGAGGAUGCUCUAUGGACUGGUUUGACGGACUCGUACUGUAAGCUGCCGAUGGCGCUGACGGCCGAAAACUUGGCCGAGCAACACAAGAUUCCGCGCGAAAAGGUGGACGAAUUUGCGUACCGUUCGCAGCAGCUCUGGAAAAAGGCGCAGGAUGCUGGCGUUUUCAAGUCGGAGAUCACUCCGUUUAAACUGAAGGUUAAGGGUAAGGAAGUGGACUUUGCCGUCGAUGAGCAUCCGCGGCCACAAACCACGCUCGAGGGACUGGCAAAGCUUCCCACGCUGUUCAAGAAGAAUGGUUGCGUGACGGCAGGAACCGCAUCGGGAAUUUGCGAUGGUGCAGCAGCGGUGGUCGUUGCAUCGGAGGAAGCACUUAAAAAGCACAACCUGACGCCUUUGGCCCGGCUCGUAGCGUAUAGUACAGUCGGAGUACCGCCGGAGAUUAUGGGUAUCGGUCCGGUGCCAGCAAUUCGCAACGUUCUGCAGGUGGCCGGCCUAAAGCUGGACGAUGUGGAUUUGGUUGAAAUCAACGAAGCUUUCGGUGUGCAGACGCUCGCCUGCGCCCAGGAACUGGGCCUCAAUAUGGAUAAACUGAACGUGAACGGUGGGGCUAUUGCGCUCGGUCAUCCACUCGGGGCUUCCGGUUCCCGUAUCACAGGCCAUCUGGUGCAUGAAUUGAAGCGCAAGAACCUGAAGCGUGCAGUUGGAUCGGCCUGUAUCGGUGGUGGCCAGGGUAUCGCUGUUUUGCUUGAAGCAGUCUAAUUAACCCGGAAGAACAGCGUUCGUGAGGAGUGUGUGAAAGGGCGGAAGGCAAUAUUGUGACCUCAUUCUUUAGCUAGAAUCUUUUCGAAAGUGUAAAGACAAUCACCUUUUAGUGGUAUUUUAAGAAUCUAGCAAGUGUAAAGAUGAACAAAUGCAUUUCUAACAAUUUAUA